AUGGUCCCUGAAGUUUCGAUAACCAUAUUAGUACCUGAAAAUUGGGUACAAGAAACGGGAAAGGAGUAUGGUUACGUAAUUGUUACCCGCCGAUCAAAAAAUAUUGGCGGUACUACUGGGAUGGUAUGGCUUGUGUGCGACCGUAGUGGUGAACACCGUAGUAAAGCAACAGUUAGGAAAGCUGGUAGCAAAAAAAUCGGCUGCCCAUUUUCAUUACUCGCCAUCCGGGACGUGACGAACGACACGUGGGAGUUAAAAGUGGACUGUGCGAACCAUAACCACGAACCUACGACGAGUCUGUUGGGCCACGCUUUUGUGCGAAGAUUUACUAAAGCCGAAUACAAGCUAGUGGAGCAGCUAACUGCUCAAAACAUGGAGCCACGUAUCAUAUUUCAAACCCUAAGAAAGCAGUUCCCCGACAGCCUGCACGUUCAGAAAGACGUGCAAAAUGCGGUACAAAAAAUUAGAGCGACAAUAAUGGAUGGAAAGAAUCCUAUUCAGGCACUGGAAAGCCUGCUGCAUGACCGCCGAUUCAUUUACGACACCCGACAAGAUCCCAAAACAGAUGUCGUAACAGAGAUUUUCUUUGUUCAUCCUUAUUCAAUCACUAUGUGGCGUGCAUUCACGCACGUGAUGUUGAUCGACGCGACCUACAAAACAAACCUCUACAACAUGCCAUUUGUCCAGGUUGUGGGUAUGACGUCGACUGGGAAGUCUUUUUGUAUCGCACAUGCCGUUAUUUGUAAAGAACGAAGGGGUAACUACGUGUGGGUGCUUGAGCGGAUCAAGUCAAUAUUGCAUGAAUGUAUGAUGCCGCGUGUGAUAGUCACGGAUAGGGAGCUUGCCCUAAUAAACGCGUGUUCUAAAGUAUUCCCGAACGCAAAAAGGCUUCUAUGCCACUUUCACAUCCAACAAAAUAUAGCUAGAAAGUGCAAGUCAGGGUUCGAUAAAGAAGAUUGGGGGAAAUUUAUGUCGUACUGGCGGACAUUGUGCGAAUCUUCAUCAGAGCCCAUGUACAAGUACAACUUGGAGAAAAUGUGUCUAUGA